CAGCCCGCGUCUAAACCCACAACAACUUCAAUGAGCACUGUCUCUACAAGGCUCAAUUCUCCAGCAGUCACAGUGCAUGGGAACGAGAGCACUUCCAACACCACAGCAGCAUACCUAACCACCGAAACAACUCUUGGGAACAAAACAAACAAUGAAACUGCAGCAGGGGCUGGCUUGAAUUUUUCAGAAAUGUCCAUGACCAUUUUGUUCAGUGUGGUACUUGGCGUGAUAGUUCUGAUGGUUCUGGGGCAGAUUGUGUACAAAGUUAGCAGGAACAAACAAAGAAUGGUUCAGUAUUCUCACCGUCCUCUCUAUAACGAAGACACAGGUGAACAGUUUGUGGUUCCAGAUGACACACUAGUGAUUUCUGGAGGACUCUAUGAUGGCCCUCAGAUCUACAACCCCACAGUGACUACACUGAAUGAUGAAGACCAGCCCACGUUUGCUUACACACCCACACAGCUCCGCUUGGAGUUCUUGCGCGAAGAGCAGGGGACAGACCGAGAUUAUGAGGCUACCAGCUUUGAAACCUUCAAGACAAAUGAGUAAAAGCCUCAAAGAUUCAAUUCGGUACUUCAAAAGAAAACGCAUUGGCUAUGAGAAAAAGACUUCCCUGUGGAGGACUACUAAGCAAGAAACACUACCCACGUAGAUGGAGACCAUAGAAUCUGGACUUUUAUACUGAUUUCAAAUGAUUUAAGCAUUUUUAUUUCAUUGAAAGAGCAAGACAUGAAACAGUUAACACUGAACAGUAACAGCAAAUGU